UGUUUUUAAAUCUGCCCUUCUUCCUAACAGUAGUCAAUAUCAACAACAUAGACUACUGACGUUCGAUAAAGACGCAACAAACCUUCAAGGAAACAUAAAACAAUGGGACUCUUUGAUCGAUUAGCAAAUCUUUUAGGUCUUAAGAAAAAAGAAGUAAAUGUUUUAGUAGUGGGCCUUAACAAUAGCGGUAAGUCAACGGUCAUAAAUAAUUUCAAACGCGAGGAUGACCGUUGCAUAGACAUAGUACCCACUGUUGGGUAUAAUGUUGAAAAAUUUUCAUUCAAAAAUGUUAAUUUCACGGCAUUCGAUAUGUCAGGGCAUGAUCGUCAUAGAUCGCUAUGGGAACAUUAUUAUAAGGAUUGUCAUGGUAUUAUUUUUAUAAUCGAUAGCAGUGACAAAUUGCGAUUAGUUGUUGUUAAAGAAGAAUUAGAUAUGCUUCUUCAACAUCCAGAUGUAGCAGGCCGCAAAAUACCGAUUCUUUUUUUGGCAAAUAAAAUGGAUUUGCCUGACUCUUUGACUACUGUUAAACUUGUUGCUGGACUCGGUCUUGAUCGCAUACAGAAUAAACCUUGGCAUAUACGAGCAACAAAUGCGAUCACUGGAGAGGGACUGCAAUUAGGCAUUGAAUGGCUUACAGAUCAAAUUCGCGACAUAUUCAUUAAUAAAAGAUAAAAAUAAUUUUAAUGCAUCGUAAAAGUUUUUACUGAUAAAACUUAAUUAGAUCAAGUAUAUAUAUAUUCUUUUUAAACACUAAACUUUUUAAAUACGAAUGUAAGUAUCUGGCGAAAAUUUAUAUUCAUAAUAUUAUGAUUACUUCAUUCAAUAUUUCGAACGAUAAUGAUUUCAUGAAUGAAACAUUGUAUGAAUGAAAAACACACACGUAUGUAUGUAAUGCAUAUACAUGAUUGUAUAGUAGCCAUCUAGGUACAUAUGUAGUUAGAUUCCGUCCAAUAAUGUUAUAUAAACACGUGUUUAUACCGUAAUUUAUGUAUAUGUAUAUUAUUUAUUUGUAGCUAAUG